CCCUGCCGCCGCGCCGUAGGCUAGUGGUCUCACCCGUGCGCCGGGCGGCGGCAGUGUACUCUGGGGUCAGAGAGAUGUCGCUGCUGCGGUCGUUGAGCCUCUACCUGGUCGCGCGGGCCGGGAGCUGUUCGGCGGGACCCCUUCGGCUUCAGUCGCUUCAGCCGUGGCACACAUUUCACACUGGGCCCUGGCUCUCUUCUGCGGCCACCAGCAAGGAGCUUCUCAUGAAGCUGCGGCGAAAAACAGGCUACUCCUUUGUAAACUGCAAGAAAGCUCUGGAGACUUGUGGCGGGGAUCUCAAACAGGCAGAGAGCUGGCUCCACAAACAGGCCCAGAAGGAAGGCUGGAGCAGAGCUGCCAAACUCCAUGGCAGGAAGACCAAAGAAGGUCUGAUUGGGCUACUUCAGGAAGGAAACACAGCUGUGUUAGUAGAGGUAAACUGUGAGACGGAUUUUGUUUCCAGAAAUUUGAAAUUUCAACAGUUGGUCCAGCAAGUUGCCCUGGGAACCCUGUUGCAUUGUCAGAACCUAAAGGAUCAACUUUCCACGUACAGUAAAGGCUUCUUGAAUUCCUCUGAGCUUUCUGAACUUCCAGCUGGGCCUGAGAGAGAAGGCUGUCUCAAGGAUCAGCUAGCCUUAGCAAUCGGGAAACUGGGAGAAAACAUGACUCUUAAACGAGCCGCAUGGGUGAAGGUGCCAGCUGGGUUCUACGUUGGCUCUUACGUCCAUGGAGCAAUGCACAGCCCGUCGCUCCACAACCUGGUGCUGGGGAAGUACGGGGCCUUGGUCAUCUGCGAGACAUCUGAGCGCAGAGCAGGCCUGGAGGACCUGGGCCGCCGCCUGGGGCAGCAUGUGGUGGGCAUGGCCCCUCUCUCUGUUGGCUCUUUGGAUGAUGAGCCCGGCGGGGAGGCAGAAACCAAGAUGCUGUCCCAGCCGUACUUGCUGGAUCCUUCCAUCACGCUGGGACAGUAUGUGCGGCCUCACGGGGUGUCUGUCGUGGACUUUGUGCGGUUUGAAUGUGGAGAAGGGGAAGAGGCAGCAGAAGCUGAAUAGGUUCCAAAGACUUGGCUGGAGGAAAGGUUUCUCCUCAGCUUUGGACAUCAUUACGAAAAGAAGUUAUUUCCUAAGCCUCUUCAAACCCAGAAGUUGUUUUUCAUUGGUGUUUAUAAAGAAAUGAUAGACUCGAUGAGCGAAGCUUUAAAGAAAAUUGCUAUAUAAUUAAGAAGAGUAGAAUCUUUUCCUUGUUUGUGUAGUGCUGGGGGGUUAGCUUUUUUUGUGCCUGAUUUGUGCCAGGUUGUGGAAAACAGCAGGGGGCGCUUACUGAAGGCGCCGCCAGUACCUGGAAGGACAGAUGUAAGCCGUUGGGCUGCUGCUUCCUUCAGCCAAGACCUAUCAUGGUAACCCUAAAACGUCGAACCCCGUUGAUCUUAGUGCUUCUGUGACCCUGCACGGCGCUUCUCUCCUGGUGUGUUCCCCAGUACCUUACUUCUGCCACACAGAUUCCUUGGGAGUUGUUGACUCAAACUUGGAGCUGUCUGGAAAAUGUGGUUCAUAUGUUGCUGUCUAUGGCGUGCUUUGAAGGCUCUCCGCUGUGGUGUGCACACUGGUUCUGGCCUCGUUACUGAAAUUAAUAACACAUGGCCCUCUUUCUCUUUUGGACAAUGGGGUAGAGACGGGUGGGGACUGAGGUCCCCUGGACAGCUGUAAGGCAGAUUUUGGCAUUGUGCCAGAAACAGGACUUCACAGUGGUCCGGUUACCCAGAGAACUCACUCAGUGCCUCUUGCCUACCCCAGUACGGAGAUGUUUCUCCCUGCAUCACAAAAUAAUUACCAUAACAGGCAAACCCCAGAUACUGAACUACAUUUGCACAUACAGAUAUUUUUAUCUGAAAAGUUAAAAAUCUCUGGUACAUACAGAUCUGAGCAUUUGGAUUUUGCCCUUGGGGUAGAUAAUAGAAAUACCUUCAGUGAUUGGUGGGUUAAAUAGAUUUUGCAAACACCGAUCUUACAAUUUAAAACAACCUUAUGUCCUUGGCCCAUUAUUAAAAACUUUAAACUUA